ACCAUUCUGGUGGUGGCAGUGCCAGAGGGGCUGCCACUGGCGGUGACGCUGUCGCUGGCGUACUCGGUCAAGCAAAUGAUGAAGGACAACAACCUUGUCCGUCACCUGGACGCCUGUGAGACGAUGGGCAACGCGACGACCAUCUGCUCGGACANAGUCUUCAUUUGCGGCGUCUUCUACAAGAACCUCAACAAGCGGUACAUCGAGCUGCCCGGGGAAGUGGCCACCAUCCUCUCGCAGAACAUUGCCCUCAACUCCGCCUACACCAGUCGUCUGGUGAAGGACGAGAACAAGGUGAUCAAGCUGAUGGGCAACAAGACGGAGUGCGCCCUGCUGGUCUUCCUCUUCAAGGUGCACACCGACUACCGAAAGGUGCGCGAGGCGUACGAGUCCAGCAAGGACAUCCUCCGCAUCUUUCCCUUCAACUCGACGACCAAGCAGAUGCGCACCGUUCUCCGGCUGCCCGGAAAAGGGUACCGCCUGCUCGCCAAAGGGGCCUCAGAGAUGAUUCUCAAGAAGUGCAGCUAUGUCCUUGGCGCCCGCAGUGAAAUACUGGAGCUGACGGACGCGGAGAAGGACCGCCUGACGAAGGAGAUCAUCACGACGAUGGCGAGCGACGGUCUGCGGACAAUCAUGCUGGCGUACAUUGACUACCGGUACCGUGUUCCUCUGCUGCCCACCAACUGUCGCAUCAUCGAGGCGGACGCUGAGCCAGACUGGGAGAGCGAGGCCUCUUACCAGGGCAUGACCUGUCUGGGGGUGGUCGGCAUUGAGGACCCACUGCGCAAGGACGUCUCGGAGGCGAUCAAGAAGUGCCAGAAAGCUGGCAUCACAGUGAGAAUGGUAACCGGAGACAAUGUCGACACUGCCAGAGCAAUAGCCAACAAGUGCGGCAUCAUCAACAAGGCAAAGUCCUCGGCUGAUCUUGUCCUCGAGAGUAGAGAGUUCAACCGAACGAUCAAAAACGAAGACGGCACCGUCAAUCAGGCCAAGUUUGACACUGUUUGGCCGAGGUUGAAGGUUCUCGCUCGGAUGACGCCCACUGACAAGUACAUUCUGGUGAAGCACAUCAUCGAGAGCAAGCUGCACCCCAAUCGAGAGGUGGUCGCCGUCACCGGUGACGGCACCAAUGACGCGCCUGCCCUCAAAAUGGCCGACGUUGGCUUUGCCAUGGGCAUCGCCGGCACCGAGGUGGCCAAGGAGGCCUCUGACAUCAUCCUCACCGACGACAACUUCUCCUCCAUUGUCAAGUCGGUGAUUUGGGGGAGGAAUGUGUACGACUCCAUUGCCAAGUUCAUACAGUUCCAGCUGACGGUGAACGUGGUGGCGGUGGCCAUCGCCUUCGCCAGCGCCUGCGCCAUCUCCGAGAGUCCGCUGAAGGCGGUGCAGAUGCUCUGGGUCAAUCUGAUCAUGGACACGCUGGGCUCGUUGGCGCUCAGCACUGAACCGCCCUCGAAGGCGCUGCUGCUGCGCAAGCCGUACGGCCGCAACAAGUCCAUCAUCACGUGGACGAUGUUCGCCAUCAUCUGCUGCAAUGCCCUCUACCAGUUUGUCAUCCUCAUGCUGCUGCUCUUUGUCGGUGAGCGCUUCUUCGACAUUGACAGCGGCGUCGACCGGCCGGAACCGUCGCCCGCCUCGCAGCACUACACCAUCAUCUUCAACGCCUUCGUCCUCAUGACGCUCUUCAAUGAAAUCAACAGUCGGAAGAUCAACGGGGAGAAGAACGUCUUCUCGGGCAUUGCCUCCAAUGUCGUCUUCUGCAGCAUCUUCGUCAGCACGGCGGUCAUUCAGGUGAUCAUUGUCCAGUUCGGCGGCAUCUCUUUCUCCACCGCUCCGCUCAGUUGCAGUCAGUGGCUGUGGUGUCUGGUGCUGGGCUUUAGCAUGCUCGUCUGGAACCAGAUUAUCGUCUGGCUGAUGGUGAAACGCAAAGACUACCAGUGGGUCGAGGGCAUGGCCAACCUGUCCCGUGGAAACGGUGUCAAUGCAACAGAGCCGGCGACGGUAGGCAGCAUCACUGGCAAG